AUGGAGGGCCUGGACUUACUGAACGUCACGGUGCGGUCAUUGGUGGGAAACGCCUCCGUGGGCCAGGGCGCGCUGGACAUCCCUCCAGAAACCUCGCGGACUGCCAACAUCUCCGAGCUUGAGGCCUACACACACUUCCUGAUCUACACCAAGUCGUCGCUGGUGGAGCAGUCCACUCCCGAGAUGCAUCAGAUCUUCGAUGCAAAGGCGAACGUGCAGAAUGCCACUCUGGUGGACGAGGAUUUGGAUUUGGAGGAAAUUGGAGGCCGCAUCUCCUGGCUUCCGCCGCCGGACGCCAGCCGCGUGUGGCUCUACCGUGCCUUUUUGGCGGAGGACGAGCUCGGCGCAGGGCGCUCGCAGGGACAGGAUGUCAUGGCUCCAUCUCUGGAGGCGAAUCUCUCUGCGGAGUUGCCACUCGAGGACUUUACGCACCUGGUGGUGUACACGGCCUCGCGGCUGGUGGAGCAAACCACACCCACAGCCUCGGAGCUGUCGGAUACAGUGCGUGUGGUUCCCCGGAUCAGCUUCGAUGACUAUGACCUGGACCUCACGGAGGUUGGCGGCACCGUGCAGUGGGAGGCGCCGUCCCCUGACAGCUUCGUUGUGAGCUACCGCAUCGUCUUGGCGCUGCGAAACGACAGCUUGGGCAACGAAAGCAUCCUCGCCUUGCUUGAGAACGAGACCCGGAGCUCCGGGCGCUGGCAGGCGCUGGCCACCUUGGCGACCCAAGGCGCCGAAGCUCCGAGCCUGGCGUUGAAGGAGCUGCCGCUGCAGGGCGCGACGCAUCUGCUGGUCUUUGCUGCCUCCAGCCUGGCAGAACAGCAGACACCCCGGGCGCUAGAGAUCAUCGACACAGAAGCCCGGGCAUCAGGCCUCUUCUUUUCAGACCUGGACCUGGACCUGGAGGAGUUGGCUGGAGAGAUUACUUGGCUGGAGCCGUUGGACAUGGACUUUGUGGAGCAAUAUGUUGUCUACCUGGCCAGCAGUGCUUCUGGCCUGGACCGCUGGUUGCUGGGCAGUGGUGCUGCCACCAACCUCCUGGUGCCACCCGAGACGAGCUCGGGCGGUCGGAGUUUCGUGCUGGUCUACACGCAGUCUGUCCUGGCGGAACAGACGACCCCGGCGGCUCUCGCCAUCUCAGAUUUGAUAGCCAUGGCGUCCAACUUGUCCUUUGAUGACUACGACCUGGACGCCACGGAUCUUGGAGGCAAUCUCACCUGGGCACUUGCGGAGGACGAGGCCUUUGUGACACACUACGUGGUGUACUUUGGCCAGAGCUGCAACGGAUCAGCCAACGUCACUGAGACGUGGGCCGCACUUCUGAGCGGCUCCCUGGUCUUCACUGUCCAGGCCACCAGCGCACAGGUGGAGGCAGCUGUUGCAGCAGCUCUUGCGGAGCAGUUCGGCGCUUCGCCUGGGGACGUGACCAUCUCGCUGAGCUCGGCCAGCGCUCGGCGGCUGCAGGGAGAGGCGCGGCGCUUGGCUUCAAGCACGUGGCUGGUCACCUAUCAGGUGCUGGUGCCCUCAAUGGCCACGGCACGUGCCGCGCAGCAGAGCAGCGGCACCGCCUUGGUGGCGAAGUUGAGCGUGCAGCUGCAGGCGCAAGGCGUGUCCGGCGAUGUGGCCGCCACCUUGGUGCUGGUGGAGUUUGGAUCCAUCUCCCUCAGCUCCGUGGCGGUGAACUCUUUGCCCGAGCUGCUGCCUUGGACGGGGCUCUUCAACGGCAGCGCCGUGUCCUUCCGGCGCCCCGCCGCAAAAGCGACACGACACGACCGGUGCAACUAA